AUGUAUUUGUCAAGAUUCUUAUCUAUCCAUGCCCUUUGGGUUACCGUGUCCUCAGUGAUGCAGCAUUACCCAUCAGUGUGGGGACAUUAUGAUGUGUGUAAGACUCAGAUUUACACGGAAGAAGGGAAAAUUUGGGAUUACAUGGCUUGCCAGCCAGAAGCUACUGACAUGACAAAAUAUCUGAAAGUGAAAUUGGAUCCCCCUGAUAUUACCUGUGGAGACCCUCCUGAGACGUUCUGUGCAAUGGGCAACCCCUACAUGUGCAAUAAUGAAUGUGAUGCAAGUACCCCUGAGCUGGCACAUCCCCCUGAACUGAUGUUUGAUUUUGAAGGAAGACAUCCCUCCACAUUUUGGCAGUCUGCUACUUGGAAGGAGUACCCCAAGCCUCUCCAGGUUAACAUUACUCUGUCUUGGAGCAAAACCAUUGAACUCACAGAUAACAUAGUUAUUACCUUUGAAUCUGGGUGUCCAGACCAAAUGAUCCUGGAGAAAUCGCUUGAUUAUGGACGGACAUGGCAGCCCUACCAGUAUUAUGCCACAGACUGCUUAGAUGCUUUCCACAUGGAUCCUAAAUCCGUGAAGGACUUAUCGCAGCACACAAUAUUAGAAAUCAUUUGCACAGAAGAGUACUCCAAGGGGUACAUGACAAAUAGCAAAAUAAUCCACUUUGAAAUCAAAGAUAGGUUUGCGUUUUUUGCCGGACCCCGGCUUCGCAACAUGGCUUCCCUGUACGGACAGCUGGACACCACCAAGAAACUCAAAGAUUUCUUUACCAUCACAGACCUGAGGAUAAGACUUCUGAGGCCAGCCAUUGGGGAAAUACUUGUAGAUGAGCAGCACCUGGCCCGCUACUUUUAUGCGAUCUCAGACAUAAAGGUCUAUGGAAGGUGCAAGUGUAACCUUCACGCCACAGUAUGUGUCUUUGACAACAAUAAAUUGUCUUGUGAGUGUGAGCACAACACUACAGGCCCCGACUGUGGGAAAUGCAAGAAGAAUUAUCAGGGCAGACCUUGGAGCCCCGGUUCGUACCUCCCCAUCCCCAAAGGCACGGCCAACACCUGUGAAGCUGCAGGAAAUGCUUACUUCAACUGUGAAUGCUUCGGCCACUCCAAACGGUGCAGUUAUAUCGAGCUGCUCAAUACAGUCAUUUGCGUGAGCUGUAAACACAACACUAGAGGGCAGCACUGUGAAUUAUGCAGGCUGGGCUACUUCAGAAAUGCUUCUGCACAGCUGGACGAUGAAAAUGUAUGCAUAGAAUGUUUUUGUAACCCUUUUGGCUCAAUCCAUGAUCGUUGUAAUGGCACAGGAUUUUGUGAGUGUAAGACGGGAACAACAGGGCGUAAAUGUGAUGAGUGUCUGCCAGGAAAUUUCUGGCACUUCGGCUGUCACCCAUCAAUUUGUUGCAAUCAGCUGCUAAUGAAAGAGAAGUCAAGGUGGCCAUAA